AUGUUAUCACUCCAGGUGCGAGACAUCAUAGCAAAGACACGAUUGGCCAGCAAGGAGUGGAAGAAGUCCAGCUUUGCACAGCGCCGGAUGCUGCUCAAGAUACUGCUCAAGUUCACCGUCGAGAACCAGGCCGACAUCUGCAGAGUGUCUGCCCUGGACUCGGGCAAGCCACUGGUGGAUGCAUCUUUUGGGGAGGUCCUGGGUACCUGCGAAAAGAUCUGGUGGCUCGUGGCAGAGGGUGAGAGAUAUCUCAGGCCCGAGCGUCGCUCCUCUGGCUACAUGAUGUUCUACAAGAAGGCGCGCGUGGAGUACCACCCCGUGGGCGUGGUGGGCGCCAUUGUGCCCUGGAACUACCCCUUCCACAACAUCCUGAACCCGCUCACCGCCGCGGUCUUUGCCGGAAAUGGCGUCGUCAUCAAGGUCUCCGAGCACGCCACCUGGUCGGCCCUGGUAUACCAGCGCGUGAUCGACGCCGCGCUGGCGGCCGCGGGCGCGCCCCCGGACCUGGUCCGCAUCGUGACCGGCUUCGGCGAGGCCGGCAGCGCGCUGGUCACCGGCGGCGUGGACAAGCUCAUCUUCGUGGGCAGCACUGCCAUCGGGCACAAGGUGCUGGAGGCGGCGGCCACCACCCUGACGCCGGUGGUGCUGGAGCUGGGCGGAAAGGACGCCUUCAUCGUGCUGGAGGACGCCGACCUCGCCACGGUCACAGCCACCGCCCUGCGCGGCGCUUUCCAGAGCUGCGGGCAGAACUGCGCGGGCGCGGAGCGCUUCAUCGUCGCCGAGCGGCUGUUUGAAGAGUUUGUCCAGCGAUGUGUGGCAGUCGCUGGGAAGCUGCGUCAAGGCCCUGCCGCCGGAGAGGGUGUGGUGGACUGCGGGUCCAUGUGCAUGCCGGGCCAGGCGGAGAAGGUGCAGGAGCUGGUUGAUGAUGCAGUCGCCAAGGGCGCCAAGGUGUUGAUCGGCGGGCGCCUGCCGGCCGCGGGGAAGGGCCACUUCUACCCGCCGACCAUCAUCACCGGUGUCGCACAGGGCAUGCGCAUCUGGGAGGAGGAGGUCUUUGGACCCGUCAUGUCCGUGGUGAGCUUCAGGAGCGAUGCAGAGGCCGUGACCCUGGCCAAUGACUGCCCCUUCGGCCUGGGGUCGGCGGUGUUCUCCAGAGACGUGGCGCGUGCGAGGCGCCUGGGCGCCCAACUGGAGGCGGGGAUGACCAGCAUCAACGACUUUGCGACGACGUACAUGUGCCAGAGCCUGCCCUUUGGGGGCGUUAAGCACUCCGGUUUCGACCGCUUUGCUGGGGUAGAGGGCCUGCGCGGCCUCUGCGUCCCAAAGGCUGUUGCAGAAGACAUGUGGCCUUUCAGCACGGCCAUCCCGCCGCUUCUCCAAUACCCCGUCAGCGACCGCGCAUUCGAGUUCUGCUCUGCUCUGGUCUGGAUGUUCUACGCGCCAACGAUUGCUGGUAAUUUAUCGCGAGGGGGCUGCCGGGAGGCUGCAAGAAUUGGCUUGUCCAAGGGAGACCCACAAUGUCAACAUGACCUCCAUGCAGGGAACCUGAAAGGGCUUUGGAGUCUGGCGGCGUGCUUCCUUCCCAAGCGGGGAUCGAAGAAGCCAGCGCAGAAGAAGUCGUCCUGA